GGUAAAAAAGCAAGUUUUUUGUUUAACUACUAGCAACUCUGUGGCAUAUGAACCGCCAUCAUCCAUUAUUUUUGUUUUAUAAAUUUGAGGUUAUCUUGUUUAAGCGUCGCCGCUUCUGUUUUUCACAGAAGUUAGCUAAUAAAACAACAAAAUGAAACUAGUAAGGUUUUUAAUGAAGCUCAGUCAUGAAACAGUGACAAUUGAAUUGAAAAAUGGAAGUGUUGUACACGGAACAAUUACAGGAGUUGAUGUCGCGAUGAACACACAUUUGAAAGCGGUAAAAGUAACGCUGAAAAACAAGGAAGAACUGCAACUAGAAACUUUAAGUAUUCGUGGAAACAACAUCAGAUAUUACCUGCUACCAGACAGUUUGCCUUUGGAGACGUUGUUGAUUGACGAUACACCGAAGGGCCGCGGAAAGAGAGAAGGUUUCCCUAGAGGCGGAGGUGGCGCGCGAGGAGGCCGAGGUAGAGGUCGCGGCGGCCGAGGAGGACCCCGCGGCGGCCGCGGAGGCCGGGGGCGCGGGCGCCGCUAAGUGUUCUAGUUUUAAGUACCAAGUUUUGUGAUUACAAUUUCUAUAUAAGGUCUGAAUGGUUUUAUUUUUCUGGUCAUCUGUGUUCGAUUGAAGCAAUUUUGUACAUGGUAUUUUUAAGAGAUCACGUAAAGAAAGUUUAAAAAGCAUAAAAUAAGUGAAAAUUACAAUAAGCUAUUUAAACAUUAUGUUGUUUGCAUUAACAUAAAUUCCUUAGUGUUAUUAUCGACUGAAGAACAACAGUGUAGCCUUAUUUUGUACAAAAUUUACCUUUUACUUGAUGUAAGUGGAUGGUGUCAAUUUGAGAUCAACGUUCAUUCCUUAAAUAGUUAAUAUUAUUCAUCUAGGAUUAAUAUAUUUGUAACAUGAGUCUAC